ACGGUAGAAAAUUAUUUAUAGGAGUGAGAUUCCGUUGGAGCUCGUCUGGAGGACGCUCUAUUUUGGGGAGAUUUUGCAACCUCUCCCUGACUGCGCCAUUUUUUUUUCUCGCCUCCACCAACGUCAGCUCUCCAGUCACCAGUUGGACAAGCGGGACGGGACAACAUCCUCACCAGCCGCAAUCCUCCACUCCUCCCCGCAGCCCUCGACCCUCGUCAGCCUCUCCAGUUCACCUCGCCGUCUCCGUCAUGCCCCGCGAGGGUUUGGGGAAUUUUGGAGCGGAGGAGGAGGCGAGGGAUGGUGGACAGGAAGGUUUGGUUACGGAAAUGGAUGUGGAGGAAUCCUCGCCGUCUUCGUCGCCGAUGUCGUCUCCGGCCGGGUCGUCAGAUUCCAUAGACCUCAACUUCCUGCCGUUUCUCAAGAGGGAGCCCAAAUCGGAGCCGUCGUCACCAGAGCUCGGGCCCCUGCCGCUGCCUGUCUCCCUCACCCAGACGCCGCCGCAGCAGCAUGCAGCGGCGGCGGCUCCAGCAACUGAGGCCUCGGUGCCUCCGCCUCCGGCGACUCCUGACCUCUCGUCCGCGUCGAUGAUGACCCCGCUGCAGUCGCUGCCGCCUAACCCAGACGAGGACUCGCUCCUUCGGGAGUACUACCGCCUUGCGAGACUAUAUCUCUCGUCUGCGGGGUCCGGGGCGAUCGUCCCGACACCGGCACCGGAGGCGGCCGCACCGGCGGUGGUACAGUCCGGGGCCGGGUCCGUCGUGAAAAAGCGCCGGCCGCGGUCAUCGGAGCUCGUGCGGGUCUCCUCGCUCGGUGUGCAGGAUCAGAUCUACUUCCGCGACCUCGUGCGCCGGGCGCGCAUCACUUUCGAGUGCCUCCGCGGGCUGCUACUCAGGGACGACGAGCGUGCUGAGUCCCUCGGCCUCGCUGGUGCCGCCGGGUUUGGCGUUGCCAGGGACCGGCGCCGCGCCCGCGCAGACAUGCGUGCCGCAGCGCUCAUGGCAGACCACGACCUCUGGCUCAAUCGCGACCGCCGCAUCGUGGGGCCGAUGCCUGGGAUCUCGGUUGGUGACGCUUUCUUCUUCCGCAUGGAGCUCUGCGUGCUUGGCCUCCAUGGCCAGGUACAGGCAGGAAUUGAUUAUGUCAGUGCAGGGAGGUCGGCCUCUGGGGAGCCUAUAGCCACAUCUAUAAUUGUAUCUGGUGGGUAUGAGGAUGAUGACGAUCAUGGCGACGUACUUGUGUACACUGGGCAUGGCGGCCGGGAUCCCAACCUCCACAAGCAUUGCGUCGAUCAGAAGCUGGAGGGUGGCAAUCUUGCCCUCGAGCGCAGCAUGGCUUAUGGUAUUGAGAUUCGUGUAAUCCGUGCCGUCAAAUCAAGACGAAGCCCUAUUGGUAAGGUAUACUUCUAUGAUGGCCUCUACAAAGUUGUUGACUACUGGCUCGACCGUGGGAAAUCUGGGUUUGGUGUUUAUAAGUAUAAAAUGCUGCGCAUUGAGGGCCAAGAACCCAUGGGUACUGUGAAUUAUCGAGCAGCUGAACAACUUAAGGUGGAUGUGUUUGCUGUAAGGCCAACAGGUUAUUUCAGCUUUGAUAUCUCCAUGGGCCGAGAGACCUUGCCAGUUGCACUCUAUAAUGAUGUUGACGAUGAUCAGGACCCACUCUUAUUUGAGUAUCUAACACGGCCAAUUUUUCCUACCUCUGCUGUCCAGGGGAAAUUUGCUGAGGGUGGUGGUGGUGGUGGUUGUGAUUGUGCUGAGAUUUGCUCAAUUGGAUGUAACUGUGCAGGAAGGAAUGGUGGCGAGUUUGCAUAUAAUAAGACUGGAACCCUGCUACGAGGCAAGCCACUAGUAUAUGAGUGUGGGCCAUAUUGCAGGUGCCCACCUAGUUGUCCUAACAGGGUUAGUCAGAAGGGGCUUCAACAUAGGCUUGAGGUAUUCCGGUCAAGGGAGACUGGGUGGGGAGUUCGUUCUUUGGAUCUCAUUAAGGCUGGCACAUUCAUUUGUGAGUUCAGUGGGAUUGUCCUUACUCACCAGCAGUCAGAGGUCAUGGCAGCGAAUGGUGAUUGCUUGGUGCGUCCAAAUAGGUUCCCUCCAAGGUGGUUGGAUUGGGGUGAUAUAUCUGAUGUGUACCCUGAUUAUGUGGCGCCAGACCAUCCUGUUAUUCCUGAGUUAAACUUUGCAAUUGACGUGUCAAGGGCAAGGAAUGUGGCAUGCUAUUUCAGCCACAGUUGCAGUCCAAACGUGUUUAUCCAGUUUGUGCUGUUUGAUCAUUACAAUGUGUCUUACCCCCACCUAAUGAUCUUUGCCAUGGAAAACAUUCCACCAUUGAGGGAACUAAGCAUCGACUAUGGGAUGGUUGAUGAAUGGACUGGACAAUUAACCAUGUAGCUGGAGUAACCUAUUUAAAAGGCAGUGUUCUCUUUCUUUCUUUUCCCUUUAUUUUUGGAAUUCUCAUAAUGCUUCACCUGGGGAUCAUCAAGCCAACUGGACUAAAAUUCCUCAGCUGACAUACUACAUAUCUAAGCGUAUAACAAAAGCUAUGUAUCUAGAAAAGUCAAAACGUCUUAUGGAAUUGAGGUAUUAAAAUCUGUGCACAUUAUUGUUUUGUGCUUUUACUUUAUCUUUGCACUUACAUGUUGUUUCUUGCCAUAAUAUUGUACUAUUUAUUCUUUUUCAUGAGUCAUUCGAUCCACUUUAGAUUCAGAUAUUUGUCUUUUUUGGCAUGUUUCAUCCGAACCCAUGUUUGUCCAGUAUAUGGUGAUUGUUUCAUGCAUAUAAUUAAUUCCUGGAUGUUUCCUGUGCUGAUUUAUGUUAUUAGGAUGAAGCUAUGUGCGUCAUCAGGUGUUUUUCUCCAUGUUUGCAUAAUUAACUUGAAUAACAGUUUGCCCCUAGUUCGUAAAGUUGAGCUAACUACACAAUUGUGGUUGCUCUUGGCUGUUAACUAGUCUUUUAAAACUCGUAAAAUUUAUGGCAUCCCUUAGGGCUUGUUUGGAUAAUCUUGGAUUGAAGUGGAUUGAGGUGGUAUAAGGUGUAUUGAAGUGUAAUAUGAACUAAUUUUACUUUCAAUCCCUAAAAUACACUUCAAUCCACUUUAAUCCCUCUUUAUCCAAACAAGGCCUUAUUGUUUCAGUCCAACAAUGGAGGUUUCCAACUAGCAUAAUAAUGUUUCUCUGCUGU